AUGCCAGAGUUGGAAUGCCGAACACCCGCUCUUCUUGAUUUAAACCCGAUUAGGUUGCCCGCUCUCUCUAUGGAUAGGAAGAUCCGGAGAAAGCGGCAGUGGAAGCAACGAAAAGAGCUCCGUUCCUCGCCCAGACACUCCAAUUCUUUUGGUCGGGCUACUCCGUUCAAACCAUCAAUCGGCGGUUCCUUACUAAGAGAUUAA